AUGGCAGAGUGGGAUCCUACCGACUUUGACCUGGUGUGGUAUUUAGAGAAUCUUAGUGAUGAGGAAUUUCAGAGUUUUAAGAAUCAUCUACAGCAAGAGAUGCAGCGAUUAGGACUGCUACAGAUUCCAUCAAUUAACCUAGCGAGGACCAAAAAAGAGCUGGCUAAAGUACUGAUGACCUCCUAUGAGGCACAAUACACCUGGAAUAUGGCAUUCAGUAUAUUCCGAAAGCUUCGUCGUGAAGAUCUCUGCAGGAAAAUCAACACUAGACGAAACCGUAACGAAGAAACACACAAAUCUCUCAUGAGGACAAAAUUCCAACUCCUGUCGGAAAUGUGCCCUUUUUCAGGAAUCCAUUACAAAUUCUACUACCAAGUUAUGGGAGAUAUUUUCUACACACUUGAAUUAUCAUAUGAUUCUAGGACCUCUUCGACAGAGAAUCUUAAUGUGUUCCUGGUGGGAGAUAGAGCAGCUGGGAAAUCUAUGAUCAUAAAAACAGCAGUGGAAGAGUGGACAUUCGGUGAGAUGUGGAAGGAAACAAUCUCAUACAUCGUUCACCUCUCUUCUCAUGAAGCAAACCAGACGAUCAACUGUAGUUUGAUUCAGCUGAUCUCUAAGGACUGGCCCAAUAGGCAGGCUCCAGUUGCAGACAUCCUGUCCAAUCCCCAGAGGCUCCUUUUUAUCUUUGAGGACUUGGAUAACAUGGAUUUUAACUUCAGCAUAGAUGAAUCUCUUUUGUGUAGUGACAGCAGACAGCCUGUGCCAAUAUCCAUUCUCUUCCUCAGUUUGCUGAGGAGAAAGAUGGCCUCAGGUUCCUGGGUCCUCAUCGCAUCAAGGCCCAAUUGUGACCCUUCCAUAAAAACAUUAAUGGGUAGGAAAGAUUGCUGCGUGUCCCUGGAGCUCUCUGAUGAAAACAAGCAGGAUUAUUUUUACUUGUUCUUUAAAGACAGACAGAAGGCUGUGACAGCCUUCACACAUGUCCUUGACAAUGAAAUUCUUGUGGAUCUAUGCCAAGUCCCUGUCCUGUGCUGGAUCGUGUGUACCGUCCUGAAGCAGCAGAUGGACAAGGGGGAAGAUAUCAGACUCUCCUGCCAAACACCCACAGACAUAUAUGCCCAUUUUCUUGCCAGUGCCUUGACAUCUGAGGCUCAAGUUACCGCCAAUCAGCAUCACCUAGUUCUCCUAAACCGUCUAUGUUUGCUGGCUUUAGAAGGACUGUUUCACAACACCCUAAGUUUUAGCACUAGCGACCUCAGAAGCGUGGGGUUUUCCAGGGUUGACAUCUUUGUGUUGCAGGGCAUGAAUAUUCUUUUGCACAGCAGUCACCCUAAAAGCCAUUAUAAGUUCCUACACUUGAACAUCCAGGAGUUUUGCGCAGCCGUCGCGUGUCUGAUAGUAUUACCCAAUUGCUCAAUCCCCUCAGCCAAGAAACCAUAUAAAGAGAAAAGGGAAUUAUACAAUGAUUUUGGUCCCAUAAUUACUUCCAUUUUUGGUCUUCUUAAUGAGAAGAAGAGAAAAAUUCUCGAGACGUCCCUUGGCUGUCAACUACCAAAGGCAGCAUCUUUCCGGCGGAACUUGCUAAUGCUGAUGAGACAUUUGGGGAACAAUCCGAUUCUACUAGAACACCACACACCUUUGUUUUACUCUCUCUUUGAGAAUCAGGAGGAAGAAAUUGUGAAAGAGACAAUGGGCUUUUUCUCAGAGGCUACCGUUCAUAUUCAUGCACACACAGAUUUGAUGGUUUCGUUAUAUUGUCUGCAGCACUGCCAUUCUCUAAAGAAACUUAAGUUGUGUAUUCAACACAUCUUUGAAAACAGGAAUCCAGCUGUGAUGCUAACUCCUAGUCAAACGAAGAGCCUUGACUAUUGGAGCGAGAUCUGCUGUCUACUUCACACUAAGGAGAACCUCCGGGAGCUGGAAAUUUGUGGCAGUGUCAUUGACAGUAUUUCAGAAAAACUUCUGUCUAAAGCCCUGGGACAUCCUAACUGUCAACUUCAAACACUCAGGUUGACAUAUUUCUCAGCUGGUACUGAAUUUGACAACUUGUUCAGAUCUAUGGUUCGUAACAGGAACCUGACCUUACUGAACCUGAGUUGCAUGCCCGUUUCCCUAAACGUGUUUUCCCUUCUGCGUGAGAUCUUGAGUGGUCCAACGUGCAGCAUACAGCACCUGAGCUUCGUGAACUGUAAUUUGCCAGCCAGUGCAUGUGCAGAAAUCUCAUCGAUUCUCAUCAGCAGCAGGCAGCUGAAAAAGUUGACCUUAUCCGAAAAUCCCGUGGGGAACAAUGGGGUGAAAACACUGUGUGAAGCUGUGCUCCACCCAGAUUGUGUUCUUGAGUCACUGACGUUAUUCCACUGCUGUCUCACUGAACGUUGUUCCGUCUACAUCACGAAACUCCUAAUACUCAGCAAAACUCUAAAACAUCUAGACCUGUGUGUGAAUUACUUACAGAACCGUGGAGUAUUGGCUUUGACUUUUCCCCUGUCGUUGCCAGAAUGUCGAUUACAGGAGAUAGAGCUGUCUGGCUGUUUUUUUACCAGCGAUGUCUGCCUAUAUAUUGCAGCAGCUCUUAUUUAUUAUAAUCUGCACCUGAGGAGGCUUGAGCUUGCAUAUAAUAAGAUACAGGAUGCAGGAGUGGAGCUGCUGUGUUAUGCUUUGAAACAUCCAAACUGCAAGCUGGAAACUCUUGGGCUAGAAGGGUGCGAGUUAACCAGUGCCUGCUGUCAGUCUCUCACCUCUGUUCUCAUCAGCAGCAAAACACUGAAAACACUCAAUCUGUCUGAAAAUAAUUUGGGUAAUGAAGGAGCUAGAAAACUUGUUGAGGGCUUGGGACACCCAGAGUGUGUACUUGAGGCAUUUGGGAUUCGAAUGAGUGAUUUGAAUGCAGAAACUCAGAGGUUGCUGAUGGCCGUAAGAGAAAAAAAUACCAAGCUGGUCUUUUUGUAUCGAUCUUGCAGUAUGAGAGAAGGCAGACAAUUCAGUGGUUCACUUGGUUCUCAGAGUCAUUCUCAGAGUCAUUCUCAGCCAGGUUCAACGAAAUCUAACUACGCUUGGCAGUCAAUCUUUUUCAAAUUUCCCUGA